AUGACCGGACGGCCUGGGAUCGGCCAGAAGCGGUUUUCUCAUUCCAGAUUCCAGCAGCUGCCGGAUACUAACAUGGCUAGCUCGAACGAUGCAACCAUCAACAUUCCCCUGACCACUGUGCCCAGCCAGACCGGUGGCCGCAAGGCCAGCGCGGAGUACAUCGCGUCCAACGAUCCGUCCUCACCUCACCUCGAGAAAAACCACCUGUUCCACGGUCGCAGGGUGGUGAGCGAUGGAACUGGCCGGCAGCUCCAGGCACCCGAGGAUGGGACGUUGACCCAGAUGGGCCGGUUUUACAACAAGAUUCUGAAUUUUUCUGUCGUUACUAGAUAUUUCAUCUAUGUUCUGCCGUUGGCGUUGCUCAUCGCUAUCCCCAUCAUUAUCGGGGCUACCGCUGCGCAGAAUGCGCGGAUUGGAGGAGUUCGGAUCGUCUGGUUUUUCACCUGGGUGGAAGUCGUCUGGUUGAGUUUAUGGGUUUCGAAGAUUAUCGCGCAUUAUAUCCCGUUCCUUUUCCAGUUUCUUUGCGGAAUCGUCAGCUCCGGGACGAGGAAGUACGCUCUUAUACUUCGGAACUUGGAAAUUCCUUUCUCAUUGGUUGGAUGGUCGGUGACCUCGUUGGCCACAUUUAUCCCGUUGAUGACACGGAAUCCCGAUAAUGUGAGCCGAGGCGACACCGCGAUCAAAAAGUGGGAGGAUGUAGUUAAGAACAUUUUGUUUGCUGCGUUUAUUUCCAGCUUGAUUCUCGCUGCGGAAAAGGUUCUCAUUCAGCUGAUCUCGAUAAGCUACCACCGCAAACAGUUCGACUUGAGGAUCCAAGCCUCAAAGCGAAAUGUUCAUCUUGUGGGUUUGCUCUACCAGGCUUCCCGAAAGAUGUUUCCGGAGUAUUGCAAGGAGUUCGAAGCCGAAGACUACAUCAUCAAUGACUCAAUUGUUGGCGUGCUCGGGAAGAAAGGCAGGGCCCACAAGAGGACCGGCUCCGCCUCUCCGAUGCGUCUGAUACAGAAUGUCGGCCGUGUCGGGGAUAAGAUCACCGCUGCGUUUGGCCAAGUUGCUCAUGAGAUCACCGGUAAACAGGUCUUCAACCCCACUGCCGUUCACUCGGUUGUCACGCUGGCCUUGGAGAAGCGCUCGUCGUCCGAAGCUCUUGCGAGACGUCUGUGGAUGUCCUUUGUCCUUGCGGGCCGUGAGGCGCUUUACAUCGACGAUCUUUACGAGGUUUUUGGACCUGAUCGCCGCGCGGAGGCGGAAGAAUGCUUCGCUGUUUUGGAUAGAGAUAAUAAUGGCGACAUCAGCCUUGAGGAGAUGAUCCUCACCAUCACCGAGUUCGGGAGAGACAGACAGGCCAUAGCCAAGAGCAUGCAUGAUGUUGAUCAGGCGAUCCAUGUCCUGGAUAACCUCCUCUGCACGGUGGUUUUCAUCUUGGUCAUCUUGGUUUUUGUGGCCUUCCUUAACAAGGGUUUCGGUACCACUCUUGCGGCCGGAGCGACUGCGCUUCUGUCGCUCUCCUUCGUGUUUGCGGUCACCGCUCAAGAAGUUUUGGGUUCUUGCAUCUUCUUGUUUGUGAAACACCCUUAUGAUGUCGGAGACCGGGUGGAUAUCAACAGCAAUCAACUGAUCGUCGAGCGCAUCUCCUUGCUCUUCACGGUCUUCAAGAAUAUCAACGACUUCAAAGUGACGCAGGUUCCGAAUAUCGUGCUGAACACUUGCUGGAUCGAGAAUAUCAGUCGAUCGAAAGCGAUGAAAGAGCAACUCACCUUAACAGUGGAUUUUGGGACUACGUUUGAGGAUGUCCAGCUGUUGAAACAGGAGAUGCAGAAGUUUGUCCUUGACAAGGACAAUUGCCGCGAUUUCCAAGCCGACGUUGACAUCGAAGUGGUUGGCGUUGGCAAUAUGGAUAAGAUGGAAUUGAAGAUCGAGAUCCGGCACAAGUCCAACUGGUCCAACGAGACCGUUCGUGCCGCUCGUCGCUCAAAGUUCAUGUGCGCUUUGGUUUUGGCGUUGCGCAAAAUUCCGAUUUAUGGCCCUGGAGGCGGCGAUGCAGCUCUUGGAGACGCAUCCAAGCCUUCGUAUUCGGUUUCUAUUUCGCAUGAGCAGGCUCAAGCGAACAAGGAGCAAUUUAGUGCCGACAAGGAAAGCAAGCGUAUGGUUCCAACCAGUGAGAUGCAAAAAUUGUCCGAGAGGUCGCCGGCCGAUGAUAGGGCCCAAGCCACUGGAAAUGAUGCCCUAGGCUCCCCAAGCGGUCUCUCGUAUCGCAGCCCACCGGCCGGUAGUAGCGAGGCAACGUUCGCGGACGCCCUGAACCAACGUCCAGUUGCGUUGGAUCGCACCCGAACCGAUGAGCUGCCAACGAUAAGAGUGAGCGAGGACGGGCCUCUGCUCCGCCAGCCUUCCACGGGCAUGCGACACGCAAACCCACUCUCGUCCGCGGUCUCUCCCAACACGCCUGAAGAGAAUCUCGCACCUAGCCUCCCGGAAAUGGGCUACUUUAGCUACGAGUCGCAAUUCCCCCAGCCACAAUCACAAUCGGGCAGUCAAAACCCCUACAGACAAAACCCUUCUAGUCAAUCCCUACAGUCCGGCCAGGCACCUGGGUUCCAGCAGCCGACCCCGGCCCCACUGGUAGGAUCAGGCCAAGGGCCUGAAACGGCCCGAAGACCUGUACCACCCCCGGCAGGGUACUCGACUGGGCAGAACCCGUAUCAACAGGGACCGUCAAAUCAACGAUAUCCACCUUCGUGAGAGGCGAGAGGGAUCAAGGGAAAAACAAAAAAGAAAAAGAAAAAGAAAAAGAACGGUUUGAAAAAUAGACAUUUGCUUGUUUUUAUAAUGUGAGAUGAGAUAAUAAACUCCCAUCUUUUUUUUAUUUUUAUUUUUUUAGCCCCCCUCGAAUAGCCUUGGUUUUUGUUUUAAGGCUAGCUUUUUAUCUUUUUCUACUGUUUGAUAUAAUAUGACUAUUGUCUCUUUUAGACCACGGGUUGUUACGUGGGAUGGAUAUCGGGUGUACAUAAAACUGCCGCUGUGGAUUGCGGAAAUGAUACGAUGGACACAGUUACUGUCGAUGACUGUCGAUGACUAGGGGGAAAAUGGCAAAAGGUCGCUUGUCCGGGAGUUGAUGCUGUCUGCUUAGGUUGGGGUGUGGAAGCCGGGCUUUUGUGUUGAGAUUUACAACUAGUAGCUGCAUCCCUUCCUGCUGGGAGGAUUCAGAUCAACUAUCUACAUGGUUUUCUCGCCUCA